AUGCUGUACUUCCAGGUGGUGAUUCUGGCAGCUACAGUGAUGCUGGCUUACUACUGCGAGUUCACAGACACUUUCAGUCCAGCACAGCAGGGCUUCAUCUGCAGAGACCCGACUUUGGCCAAACCAGAUCCUGGACCUGAACAGGACAGCCUCAUACAGCCUGUCAUACUGUACUCUGUGGUGGGUGGACUGCCUGUUGUGCUGAUUUCGUCUGUAGAGCUGGUUAUCUUUCUACUUCACUCAAACAGCCUUUACGACCAAGACAAGAUUGUUGUGAUGGAUGACUGUUGCUACGUGAACCCUAUGGUGCGCAGGACCUUCCGUUUCCUUGGUGUCUACAUCUUUGGUCUGUUUUCAACAGACAUCUUCGUCAAUGCAGGUCAGCUGGUCACAGGAAGUCUGGCUCCUUACUUCCUGUCUGUUUGCCAGCCCAAUUACACCGCCCUCAGCUGCCAGGACACCGCGUACUUUGUCAGCCAAUCAGACGCUUGCACUGGUGACCCUGAUGACGUCAUGAGAGCCAGGAAGACGUUUCCCUCCAAAGAAGCUGCACUGAGUCUGUACACGGCAGUUUAUCUAGCAAUGUACAUCACAUCAUGCGUUGGUUCCAGUGGAGGUCGACUGACAGGCCCCCUCCUGAGUAUGUCAUUGGUCGGUCUGGCUGUGCUGACAGGCAUCAAUAGAGUGGCCGAAUACCGAAACCACUGGAGCGACAUCAUAGCAGGACAAGUCAUCGGGGGAGCUAUCGCCGUCUUUCUUGUGGUGUUCGUGGUUCAGUAUUUCAAGAAGAGACCUGGACUCCCUCAGAGUCCGUCUGAUGACGGGACAGCUAACACUGAUGAGGCGUCACUUCAGAUGAAUCACACCAUGGGAACCAGUGUCAAAUUUCUUGCUACACAGGCGGACAUCAAAUUGUCAAUCAGCUGUAACACGACACACAGAGCCCCGCCCAUCUACACCUGCCUCUGGGUGGUCUCGAGCUUCCCGCGGGACAGUGCGGAGGCACAAACAGCGUCCAGCAGCAGAGUGAGUUUCUCCGAGCUGCUGCCUGUCCCUGUGUCAGAGGGUCAGAGCGCCCAGCCUCCGCUGUAA